AUGGACCAUAUCGCCGAGGUAACGGCCGGGAUCGCGUACGUCCCGGCCGGGAUCAUCUACGGAUAUCUGCUGCUGUUGCCCACCAUUGAAGACAAACUCAUUGCCUGCUUGUACGAGGAAACCUACUACUGGCCACACAUCAUCGCGAUCGUCGCUAUGCUCAUCACGGUGGUGCUGACCAACGGUCUGAAGCUUAACUAUCGCAAGACGCAGUUUAUUCAUCUGUACCUACAGCUGACCGCAACCGUGUUCUCAAUAACGGCCGGUCUCGUCUUUCUUCUUGUGGAUGACGUCGUGCCGGCGAUCUACCUUGGCGCCAUCGCCUUUGGACUAACGCUCGUGCCGGGCCUGAGCUACCUACACAUUCGCUGCCGCUCCCGUCACCGAGUGCUGCUGAUGUCGUUGUGCACUGUCUGGUUUCUAGCUGGUGUGGCAACGACGGCAACCAUCACCGAACUGGCCGCGGUCAACGAUGAAGGCGAGGACCGGCUGCAUCAGAACGUCGCGAUCGCUCUGCUGACCGCCAGCACUUUCCUGCUGGUGCUGCUUGGACUGGUAGAGCUACUGCAGCGUGAAACUAUCGUUAAUUAUCGCCAACCGCUCGACUACGACACGGCAAUGGCACAUGACAGUGGCAGGUUGCUGAAUCCGGACCGACGCCCCUUCGCCUCGUACGCCCAGUUCGGUCGUGCUGCGCCGGCGCUCGGCAAGGGCGUUACUGGCACCGGUUGGUCCACCGAGCGCAUCGUUAGUGCUGGAGGCAACGAAACCGGCUGCCGUUAUCGGACACUGUGGACGGUGUACAUGAUAGGAACCAAGCUGGUCGGGUUGCUCGCGUUCUAUUGGGUACUGCUGAUAUAUGGCAUCAUGGCUACCGAGGUACUGCUGGAGCAGGAUAACGUGGGCUACCUACCCUUUUGGUUGCUGGCGGGUGGUGCCCUACUCACAACGCUUCUUGGCAUUCGACUCGCACCGAAGACAUUGUUCCUGGGUGCAUCCGUCCUGUAUGUCAUAGCGCUUGUGCUAGCAAUUGCCUUCUACUCCGCUGAUCUGACCAAACCGGAGUAUGGUAUCGCCAAGCUGUUGUUCUUUGCGUUUCUUGGCGCUGCCUUACCGUUGCCGGCCAUCCACAUUUUGGAACUGACACCGCUGAACUUCAACGAAGCCGCGCUCGCCCUGGGCACUGCGAUCGAGCUGCUUGCGAUUGCGCUGCUGCAGUAUUAUGGUACCAACGAUGGCACCCUGUUCGGGAUGGAGGUAACAUCCGGUGGGGUGGCGGUGGCCAGCAGCAACCAUAAAGACGUGAUCGCUGCGCACUACAUUACGGCGAUCGUGGUUGGUGUGGUUUGUGCGGUCGCCACCUUGUGGCAUAUGCCCAACACUGGCCGUAAGUCGUUGGCGGAGAUAGAGUCCGACCUUAGCCGCAUGCGGUCUUACUUUGCAUUCAGCCGGCGCCAUCAACAACCACCCCCACCACAGCCCACGAUCAACCCCGAACUGCAGGUGGAUACUACACACGCAAACGGCCGACUGGACGACACUCUCGAGGAUCCUCAACCGGCCGGCCACGAGCAGUUAAGUGCGAGAAAUGCGGCACGGUUUGCCGCACUCUAUCCCGACUCGCCAGAUCCGCGGGAUCCACGGAAUGGAUCCGCCCACAGCCUCGCCAGCCACAGCCCUACCGCACGCAGUCGCAGCCGCAGUCCGUACAACGACUUCGAUCAGCACAUGCAUUACCAUCAUCAAGAUCCGCACCUACAUCAACAACAGCAGGAUGCGCUACGAAGGCAGCAUGAAGCCAACUAUCUGAACGCGCGUCUUCUCCAGCAGCGGGGUCUCGACUCGCCCACCGGCUCUGACCAAAUGUCACGCCUCCGAGCGAUCCCGCCCGAAACCAUCCAACCGUUGCCGCUGCUGCCACCGCUAGCGGCACGUGCCCAGCGUUCCGAUCCAGCGCUCGGGUUGCUGACGGUGAAAUCCGAACCCGGCACCGUGCUGCGGCCUAUUUUGCUCACCCAGCACAGCGAUGCACCGGCGCCACCUCCGAUGCCACCUGCGGACUACCUCACCAAGUCGUUGCCGCGCGUGAAAGCGGUCCGGCAGUCGCGCAUACCACCGAUCGUACCGAAACCGGAACCGCAGGCCGAGGUGGUAGUGCCGGGGGUCGAGUACUCGCCCAACCUCGUGCCAAGCCAGUUCUUGAGGCAAUCGCUACAAAACUCGCAGCUCUUUCGCUAG